UAUGGAUCCCGAAGAAAAAUAAUUAAUUGGUUCAAUCCUAAGUGGUAUGUGACUAUAAUGAUAAUGUAUUAGAUGAAAGCGAAGUGAGAAUAUGUGAAAGGAAAUAACCUCGAAAAAAGAGUAAAUUAUCACUGAACGCCAAAGAGUUUUAACCUACUUUGAUUAAUUCCAUAGAAUAAAUUGAAAUUCUAGGAGAUAAUCAUGGGAAUGACACAUUGACUUACAAUUCUACAAACACAUAACCUUAUAUGUAUAUAUUCUAAUUUUACAUGUUAGAAUUAACGAAAGAUAAAAACAGAAGAAAUCAUCUAUUAAAAUUCAUCAUGAUUUAAAGUAACUAUAAUUUUCACCUAAAAAACACUAAACUAUGCAACCUAUAAGUUAAGUUUAAACCUACUUUUUGACAUUUAAUAGCCAUCCUUCUCUAUAAGAAGAUAAUUAAGUUUAGCUAUAAUUGAGGUAAGAUGAUUAUCAAUUUAGAAUUAGUUUGGUAAUACAUUUAAUUAUAUGUUAGGAAUAAAUAUGUGGGAAUUAGAAUGCUUCAAGAAAUCUUCAAAAAAUUUUUGAUAAUGGUACUCCAUUAUAAAGAAGUAUGAUAUUUGAGACAAUUGAAAAAAAUUUAAUUAAGACUUCAAAAGAUUUAUUUGGAAAUUAUUUGGUUUAAAAAAUAUUUUUAUCAGGUAUUUUUAUAAAAUAAUUGAUUUAGGUGAAAAAUAAUGGAAAUUUAGUUUAUUUUAUCAAUUAAAAGGUCAUUUUGUUGAAUUAUCUAAAAAUCAAUAUGCUUCUAGAGUUAUUAAUAGAAUGAUAGAAUUUUUAAAAGAUGAAGAUAAUCAUCUUGAAAUUGAAUUUAUAGACGAGAUAAAAUAUUAAAUUAGAUAAUUAAUAAAUGAUAAUAAUGGUUGUUUUGUAUUAUUAAGUUGUUUAGAGAAUUUUGAUGAAAAAAUUUGUGAAUAUAUGAAAAAACAUAUAGAGUAAUCAGUCUAUUCUAUGUCUUAACACACAUAUGGAUGUAGAAUUAUAUAAUUUAUGCUUUAAAAAUAAAAUAGUUAAUCAUUAUUAGAUUAAAUUAUGGAUGUAUCAUAAUAACUUUGUAUUUGUGAAUUUGGUAACUACAUAAUUUAGUUUAUAUUGAAGAGUAAUUUUAAAUAGUAAAAAAUGGAACUGUUCAGAAUUAUUAAGAGUAAUUUUUAAACAUUAUCUUACAACAAAUAUGGUAGCAAUGUUGUAGAAGUAUUUCUUGAAAUAAUUGAAUAAGAAGAUAUAAAAUUUGUUACUAAUAUCAUGUUGAAUGUUGAUCAAGAAAAUAAGUAGAUUUUAUUAUAAAAUUUUAGUUAUUUAUUUGUUGCUUUUGCAACACAUCCUUUUGGAAAUUAUGUUUUUAAAAAAUACUUAUAGUUAGAUUAAUAAUAUAUCAUUCCAGUUCUUGGAAUAAUAAAGAGACAUCCAGAAUUACUAUAAUAAAUCAAUACUUCUGAAUAUGGAUAAAAGAUAUUCUCUGUUGUAGAAAGAUCCAUUCAAUUUAUAUGAAUAAAAAUGUUUGUGAAUUGUAUUAAGUUUGUAUUAUGCAGUAUAUUAAUAUAAAUGAAAUAGUAUACACUUCCAAAUUAAAUUGUUUAAUAUUACUCUCCAUUUAGAUCGAAUGCAUAAAAAACAGUUAUUUAAGAUGGUGAAAAUACUUUUGUGAUCGACCCUCAAUAUUAAUACUUAAGUAUAAGUAAAUAAUUGCAUUCUAUUAAAUAAAGUUGGAUAAGGAUCGUAUGGAGUUGUUUUUGCUGCUAAAGACACUAAAAAAGAUUAAGGAAGAGACUUAGUUGCAAUAAAAAAGAUAGUUAAGGCAUUUGAAUAAAGGCUUUUUGCAAAAAGAACACUUAGAGAAUUAAGACUUUAAAGGUUAUUCAGUCAUGAAAAUGUAUCAUUCUCUUCUAUCUGUACAGGUGAUAUCGAUUGAGAAAAUAAUGCUUCCAAAGUCCAGAGAAGAAUUUGACGAUAUGUAUAGAAAACCUGGUAGAUUUUAGAUACAUUGUCUAAGAAUUAAUGGAAACAGAUUUAUCUACAAUCAUUAGAUAAUAAACAUAAUUAGAUUAGGAUUAAAUCUGCUUUCUUUUAUAUCAAUUAUUAAGAGGAUUGAAAUAUAUUCAUUCAGCCAAUGUUGUUCAUAGAGAUUUGAAACCAAAAAAUUUAUUGAUAAAUGGAAACUGUGAUUUGAAAAUAUGUGAUUUUGGACUUGCAAGAGCACUUGAUCCAUAAAUCAAAGUAAUCAAACUAAAUUUCAAAUUUAGCUUAAACCAAAAGUUUAUAGUCCUUAUGUUUAAACAAGAUGGUAUCGAGCUCCUGAAUUACUUUUGUAAUGGAGAGAUUAUAAUUAAAGUAUUGAUAUGUGGUCUGUGGGUUGUAUAUUUGCUGAGAUGCUUAGGAAGAAAAUAUUUCUCCCAGGAGCUUCAGCAAAAAAUUAAAUUGAAUUAAUAUUUGAUGUAUUAGGAUCUCCAAAUGAAUAAGUCUUAUAAAUGGCACCAAAAUCUCCUCUCUCUAUAAGUGUGAAUUAAAUGUAAAAAAAGAGAGGCAGAGAUUUUGAGAAAUUAUUCCCAAAUGGAUCUAAAGAAGCUAUAGAUCUACUGAGAUAAUUAUUUGAAUAUGAUCCAACAAAAAGAAUAACUGCAGAAUAAGCAUUAAGACAUCCAUAUUUAUCGAAAUAUCAUAUACCUGAAGAUGAAGUACUUAUUUAAACAACAUAGCCUAUAGCUGUUCCUGUUAGAUAUUUAGACUUUGAAUUUGAAGAAUACAAUCUGACCAUUGAAUAGUGGAAAGGUAAUUAUAUUUACUUAUAUUACAGAUUGUAUUUAUGAGGAAAUUCUAUUAUACCAUUAUCCUGAGUUUUCAAAGGAUUAUGAAUUAAAUAUCAAAAAAGGAUAUUCAAUAAUGAAGCAUAUUAUUAAUAAUGAUAAUGCUAAAUAAUUGGAUUAAAUAUUAGAUGAAGAUGAAGAAGAUGAAGAUGAUGAUCUACCAUAAAAUUAAUAAAUAUAAUGAGUUU